CACUUGGGCACGAUGUUGGCCAACUCCUCCGCGAACUCUUCUACCAACAGUUCCGACCUCCCGUGCCCCGACUACCGGACCACCCACCGCCUGCACAUGGUGGUCUACAGCCUGGUGCUGAUCGCAGGGCUCCCGCUCAACGCGCUGGCGCUCUGGGUGUUCCUGCGCGCGCUGCGCGUGCACUCGGUGGUGAGCGUGUACAUGUGCAACCUGGCGGCCAGCGACCUGCUCUUCACCCUGUCGCUGCCCGUGCGCCUCUCCUACUACGCGCUGCACUACUGGCCCUUCCCGGCGCUCCUGUGCCAGACGGCGGGCGCCAUCUUCCAGAUGAACCUGUACGGCAGCUGCAUCUUCCUGGCCCUCAUCAACGUGGACCGCUAUGCCGCCGUCGUGCACCCGCUGCGGCUGCGCCACCUGCGGCGGCCCCGCGUGGCGCGGCUGCUCUGCCUGGGCGUGUGGGCGCUCAUCCUGGUGUUCGCGGUGCCCACCGUGAUCGUGCACAGGCCCUCGCCCUGCAGCUACCGCGGCAUCCGGGUGCACCUGUGCUUCGAGAGCUUCAGCGACAAGCUGUGGAAGGGCAGGCUGCUGCCGCUGAUGCUGCUGGCGGAGGCGCUGGGCUUCCUGCUGCCGUUGGUGGCCGUGGUCUACUCGUCCAGCCGCGUCUUCUGGACCUUGGCGCGGCCCGACGCCACGCAGAGUCAGCGGCGGCGGAAGACGGUGCGCCUCCUGCUGGUCAACCUGGUCAUCUUCCUGCUGUGCUUCGUGCCCUACAACUCCACGCUGGCCGUCUACGGGCUGCUGCGGGGCAACCUGGUGGCGGCGAGCCCAGCGGCCCGCGACCAGGUGCGCGGGGUGCUGAUGGUGAUGGUGCUGCUGGCCGGCGUCAACUGCGUGCUGGACCCGCUGGUGUACUACUUCAGCGCCGAGGGUUUCCGCAACACCCUGCGCGGCCUGGGCUCUCCUCUCCGGCCCAGGGCCUCGGCCACCAAUGGGGAUGGAGGGACGCUCGCCCCAGUGCCCGCUGAGACCACCCGCACCACCAGGCCUGCGGCCGCCAGCCGAGGGCUGCUCAGACAUUCCAGUCCCGGGACGCUGACGCCCUUCAUCCAGCGCUCCGAGGAUUCUGUCCUCUGAACGCACCUCGGGCCCUGGCGCGGUUGCACAGGGUGCGUACCUGAGGGAGGUGGAUUAGACACUUGGGUUUCGGGGUGGCAACUCCAGCUCAUAAAUGCAGAAAGCGCAAAGUGUGGGAGCA